AUGGCUUCCUACACUCUAAGAAGAAUAUAUAUUAUCAUCAACUUCAUUGUCGUGAUCAUCACCACCAUACUCUUCUUCUCGCUACACAGUCUGAGUUCAUCAAACAAAGAGGAAACGAUGACUAUUGGAGGUUACGAGCGAUCAAGAAUGAAGCAUUGUGUUGGGCUCUUCUUUGAUCCUCCACCGCCUCCAAUAUGGCUCUUCGAUGAUGAACGCAUGAAGAAUAAGAUGGACAAAAAUCUUUGUAAAGAUAUGCUUCGUGCGGUUGGCGAAGUACAAAACAAAUGGAGUGAAUUACCCAUUGGUUAUAUUGAAGUCCUAAAAAAAGUUCCUCGAUCUAAGAAGAACUCAAAGGCUCUAAACGAGUUUCUUCAACGAAAUCAUCCCAUUUACGGUUUCACCUACCAA